AUGGCGGAUACAGAGACGUUUGCUUUUCAGGCUGAGAUCAACCAGCUUUUGAGUCUGAUCAUCAAUACUUUCUACAGCAACAAGGAGAUCUUUCUUCGUGAACUCAUCAGUAACUCCUCUGAUGCUCUAGACAAGAUCCGUUUUGAAAGUCUGACUGACAAGAGCAAACUAGAUGCUCAACCAGAACUCUUCAUCCACAUUAUCCCUGAUAAGACCAAUAACACACUGACAAUUAUUGACAGCGGGAUUGGUAUGACCAAAGCUGAUUUGGUGAAUAAUCUUGGUACCAUUGCAAGGUCAGGAACCAAGGAAUUCAUGGAAGCCCUUGCCGCUGGUGCUGAUGUCAGCAUGAUUGGGCAGUUUGGGGUUGGUUUCUACUCAGCUUACUUGGUUGCUGAGAAGGUUAUUGUCACCACCAAGCAUAACGAUGAUGAGCAAUAUGUCUGGGAGUCUCAGGCUGGUGGUUCAUUCACUGUUACCAGAGAUACAUCUGGUGAAAACCUUGGCAGGGGUACCAAGAUUACUCUCUACUUGAAGGAGGACCAACUUGAAUAUCUUGAGGAGCGUAGGCUGAAGGAUUUAGUGAAGAAGCACUCUGAGUUUAUUAGCUAUCCAAUCUCUCUUUGGGUUGAGAAGACUACAGAGAAGGAAAUCUCAGAUGACGAGGAUGAGGAAGACAAGAAGGAUGAGGAAGACAAGAAAGAUGAGGAAGGGAAGGUUGAGGAAGUUGAUGAAGAGAAAGAGAAAGCCGAGAAGAAGAAAAAGAAGAUCAAGGAAGUUUCUCAUGAGUGGAAUUUAAUUAACAAGCAGAAGCCUAUUUGGAUGAGGAAGCCCGAGGAGAUCACUAAGGAGGAGUAUUCUGCUUUCUACAAGAGUCUUACUAAUGACUGGGAGGAACACUUAGCUGUGAAGCACUUUUCAGUUGAAGGACAACUUGAGUUCAAAGCCAUCCUGUUUGUUCCUAAGAGGGCACCUUUUGAUCUGUUUGACACCAGGAAGAAGCCUAACAACAUUAAGCUUUAUGUUCGUCGUGUCUUCAUCAUGGACAAUUGUGAAGAGUUGAUCCCCGAAUAUUUGGGCUUUGUGAAGGGUAUUGUGGACUCUGAGGACUUGCCACUCAACAUCUCUCGUGAGAUGCUGCAACAGAACAAGAUCUUGAAGGUUAUCCGCAAGAAUUUGGUGAAAAAGUGCAUUGAACUCUUCUUUGAGAUUGCUGAGAACAAGGAAGACUAUGACAAGUUCUAUGAAGCUUUCUCAAAGAACCUUAAACUUGGUAUCCACGAGGAUUCCCAGAACAAGACUAAGAUAGCUGAAUUGCUCAGGUAUCACUCUACCAAGAGUGGGGAUGAGAUGACCAGCUUGAAGGACUACGUGACCAGGAUGAAGGAAGGACAGAAUGAUAUCUACUACAUCACUGGAGAGUAUGGCUGGACUGCCAAUAUGGAGAGGAUUAUGAAGGCACAAGCUCUAAGGGACUCAAGCAUGGCCGGAUACAUGUCCAGCAAGAAGACAAUGGAAAUCAAUCCCGAGAACCCCAUCAUGGAUGAGCUCAGGAAAAGAGCCGAUGCUGACAAGAACGACAAGUCUGUGAAGGACUUGGUUAUGUUGCUGUUCGAGACUGCUCUUCUCACCUCUGGGUUCAGCCUUGAUGACCCCAACACUUUUGGCAAUAGGAUUCACAGAAUGCUGAAACUUGGUCUGAGCAUUGACGAAGAUGCUGGUGAAGCUGAUGUUGACAUGCCACCUUUGGAGGAUGCUGAUACUGAGGGUAGCAAGAUGGAGGAAGUCGACUAA